AAUUGUCAAUUGCUUGAGUCGGAAUAAAAACGUUCUGGUUUUGGAUCACAACAUUGAUUCCCGAGUAUUUCGAAUCCCGCAGCUACUAUUAUGCAAAUUGAAAUAGGUGCUUCAGAUCUUCUGAAGUUAGGCGGCAAUCUAAUAAUCCACAAAAUCGUGCAGUACAAUUUGUCGACCAAAUACACAUCCAUUGUUCCCACCAAGUAUGGAUUGGUUAAGGGACACCAACGCAAGACAGCUUACGACAAGGAGCCAUACUUUGCCUUCGAGGGAAUUCCCUAUGCCAAGCCACCAAUGGGAGAGCUGCGAUUCAGAGCGCCACAACCACCGGAGCCUUGGAAAGGAAUCAGAAAUUGCACUUAUCUUCGUUCGAAGCCCGCCCAAAAUCAUUUCCUCUUGCACAUUUUCGAAGGCUCCGAGGAUUGUCUCUAUAUCAAUGUGUAUGCUAAGGACCUGAAAACAGAAAAGCCCCUUCCAGUUAUGGUUUUUAUCUAUGGCGGUGGAUUUCAGAUCGGUGAAGCCUCCACGGAUUAUUAUAGUCCAGAUUACUUUAUGAAAAAAGACAUCGUCUUCGUCACAUUCAACUACAGAGUAGGCCCUCUAGGUUUUCUCAGUCUACGCGACCGCGACUUAGAUGUGCCCGGCAAUGCGGGUCUCAAGGACCAGGUUCUUGCCCUUCGCUGGAUCAACGAUAACAUCUCAAACUUUAACGGAGAUCCAAACAAUAUAACGGUGAUGGGCAUCAGCGCUGGGGCAGCCUCAACACAGAUUAUGAUGACUGCACAACAGACGCGAGGACUCUUCCACAAGGCGAUCAUCAUGUCAGGCUCAUCACUGUGUGACUGGGCGAAUGAACCGAAUUACAACUGGCCAUAUCGGCUUGCCUGUCAUCUGGGCUACUUGGGCAGCAACAACGAAAAAGAAGUCUUCCGUUUUUUACAAAAGACUUCUGCAAAAAAAAUAUGUUUCAGCAAAAUACUAACCCAAGAUGAGAAACGAGAUCAUAUCCUCUUUGGCUUUGCACCAGUCGUUGAACCCUAUGAUAGUGAGAGUUGUGUUAUUUCCAAGCCUCACGAGGAAACUCUAUCGACGGCUUGGGGAAAUGAAAUACCAGUUAUCAUUGGUGGCACAUCUUUUGAGGGCUUGUUCUCCUAUCAGUUUGUUUUGCACGAUACCUCCCAUGUUCUUAGUAACUUUGAGUCGCUAAUACCCCGAGAGGUGCGUGAAAUUUCCACCCCAGCACAAAUCAAAGAGCAUGUACGUCGACUAAAGCUGUACAACUUCGAAGACGCUACCAGGGGACAAAUGGAAUUCAAAGAGUGCUUGCAAUUGCUCUCCUUCAAGCACUUCUGGCAUGGUAUACAUCGCACUGUUUUGGCUCGAUCGGCCUAUGCUCCAAAAACACCAACCUACCUUUAUCGCUUUGAUUUCGACUCCCCUACAUACAAUUUUUAUCGCAUUAUGAACUGUGGAAGACAUGAACGAGGUGUUUCUCAUGCGGAUGAUAUUUCCUAUCUAUUCUACUGUGUUUCAUCCUUCAAACUGGAUAAGUCUUCUCCCGAAUACCAAACUAUUGAGAACAUGAUUGGCAUGUGGACUUCGUUUGCUACACAAGGAAAUCCCAACUGUGCUCAGAUUGAACCAGUUCGAUGGGAGGUGAUUGAUCCUGACGCAACUCCCAAGUGCUUAAACAUUGGCACAAAACUUGAGUUUAUAAAUUUACCGGAACGUAAGCAACUGACACUUUGGGAUAGCUUCUAUGAAAAACUGAAAUUAUUUUAAGUCUAUGAUAUCUCUUUGUUUAUCGUACUGUAAAUAAAAAGCACAAACAAGUUAUAGUAAUUA